GCCCCCCAGGCUGCGUCCCGCCCCGUGCCAGGUGCGGCGGGGCCGGGGAGGGGUUUGCCGCGGGCCGGGCGCCGGGGGAAGGUGCGGCGGGAGCCGGCGGCAGCCCCGGUACCGGCACCGGCACCGGCACCAUGUUUUGCCGCAGCGAGCGCAGCCGGGUGACCGUGGCCCGCGGGUCGGCGCUGGAGAUGGAGACCCGCCGCGGCCGCUGCCGCCUCGGCCUCCUGGCCGACCCCGCGCAGGACACGGAGAUCCAGCGGAAGAUGGAGCGGGAGCUGCGGCUGCGGGAGGGGGCCUGCAAGCUGCUGGCGGCGUGCAGCCGGCGGGAGCAGGCGCUGGGGGCGGCCAAGGGGCUGCUGCUCUGCAACGCCCGCGUCCUGGCCUACAUGGCCGAGCUGCAGCGCAGGAAGGAGGCGCAGGUGCUGCGGGGACGGCGAGGCGGUGACAGCUGGCACGUGCCGGCGAAGCAGCCAGAGAGCCGGUCGCUGGAGAAGAGCGGUGCGGCGGGUGGAAGUGCGCCGGUGGGGUGGGGGCACAGCCCCACCACCGCCCCCGCGGAGAGCCGGGACUCACCGUUCUGGGUCAGCUUCGUGGAGCAGACGAGCGUCGAGAUUUGGAAGCUGUCCCGGCCACACGGUUAG